UGCUGCUGACGUAGACAAAAUGCAAAUUUUUUGUAAAAAGAAACGCAGUUGAGGAAUUAUAGCUUCCUCUUUCAACUCAUGCUGCCUGGCCUACCUCCCUCCCAACCUGCGCAUCAUCGGUAUCACUGCACCAUAAUAAUCCAGAAAUUGUUGUUAAUUUACAAUGCCGCAAGUUAGAAUUAUAGCCAAGAAUUUCAUUGACAUGGUUGCUUCUUUGCCUGCUGUCAAGCUCGAUUUGCUUUACGCUAACCCCUUUAUUUGUGAAGCCAUUCUUAGGUCCUUGCCACCUUUGGCCAAGAAGUACGUAUUGCAGAUGCUGUACAUUGACGCUCCAAUACCUGCCAAAUCCUUGGAAGAGUGGGUUCUUCCUGAUGGACUUUCGAAACAUAGAGUUGCUAUUGAUCGAUUGAUUCAACUAAGAGUUCUUUCUGAAACUAUUGACAGGAAAAAGGAGACCAGUUAUGAAAUGAAUAAAAAAUUUCAGAUUAACCUUCAGAAGCAGCUAAUAUAUGGCGGAAAAUUAGCAAGGGAAUCAAUGCCUUCAAAUGCUGUGAGGCUCCCAAGCUUGGAGGAAUUAGAGAUCUAUGCUCUAGAACAGUGGGAGCGAUUCCUGCUGCAUCUUAUCAGCUCCAAAGAAGCAGAAAAGUUGACAAACUUCAGUUCUUCUAUGAUGAAAGUUUUCCAACGUGGUCUCUUAAGUCAAAGAGAAAAAGAAGGCUCAAGGUUAACUGAGUAUGGCUUCCAGUUCCUGCUGAUGGACACAAAUGCACAACUGUGGUAUAUCAUCAGGGAAUAUAUUGCCAAUGCUGAGGAGCGUGGUGUAGAUCCAGCAACAAUAAUUUCAUUUCUGCUGGAGCUUAGUUUUCACGAGACAGGGCAGGCGUACAAUAUCAACACAUUGAAUGAAGUUCAGCUUAAUACAAUCAAGGACCUCAGUGAUUUGGGAUUAGUCAAACUUCAGCAGGGAAGGAAAGAGAGUUGGUUCCUUCCGACAAAGUUGGCUACCACUCUUUCAGUCAGCCUAUCAGAUACAGCAACUAGGAAGCAGGGUUAUGUGGUUGUGGAGACGAAUUUCAGGAUGUACGCUUAUUCUACGUCUAAAUUACAUUGUGAGAUUAUGCGUCUUUUUGCAAGGAUAGAAUACCAACUUCCUAAUCUGAUUGUGGGGGCGAUUACUAAAGAAAGCUUGUAUAAUGCCUUUGAAAAUGGCAUUACAUCAGAACAGAUAGUUUCAUUUCUUCAACAAAAUGCACAUCCUCGUAUUGCUGAAAAAGUACCCACUGUUCCAGAAAAUGUCACAGAUCAGAUAAGGCUAUGGGAAUCAGAUCUAAAUAGAGUUGAAAUGACACCUGCUCAGCUUUAUGAUGAAUUUCCGUCUAAGGAUCUAUUCGAGUCCGCUUGUGAUUUUGCACGUGAACAUGGAGCUCUAUUGUGGGAUGAUUCGAAAAAGAUGCAGCUAGUAGUAAAAGCUGAGCUGCAUACUGAAAUGCGAGAGUAUCUCCGCCGCCAAAAAUAAUAGUCAUAUACAUUCCAAGUUGUCAGUGAAAAACUCGGGAAAAAAGAGGUGGUUAUCCGAAAGGAAAAGGUGAUUGCACCGAUGCGGCCUAUGUUGUUGAUUAAAUUGAUGGAUGAUUUGAUCUGAUCUACUCUGAUGCAAUGCUAAAAGGAUAGGCAGAUAAUUGUGCAUGAAGACGAGUCUUUCUGGAGGAUAGUCAUUUCCUCUGAAAGGUUUCUUGAAAGAUUCUGCCGAUAUUUUGAACUCUUCUGUUGUCGUCAUUCAGCCAAAAUCAUCCCAAAAUUUCCAACCCCCUGGAAACUCUGCUGCAAAUGGAUUUUUUGAGAAACAAAUCAGUUCCAAAAGCUUGUAUCAAGUGUAUUUUGUUGUGGACAAUGCUUGUUUGUAAAUGUGUAUUUUUUGGGUUCAAAACAUCCUAAAAUAUAUAUCUAAAGGCGAUACGAGUGGAUUCUAGCCUGGGUUCAAAUUAAUUCAAGCCCCUUCAUGGUUUUGAUAUGAUUGAAAUAAUAAGUGUGAGCCUAAAUUCAGUCUUAAAGUGAUUCCUAAGUUUCCAAUUUGCCGUAA